CACUUAUGCAAGGUCUGCCGCGCUGCCGUGCUACUGGAGCCUACUUGCUGUCUCUUCAUUCAACCCAGCUCCAUCGCCAUCGCCCCGCAGCCGAGAGAGCCCUGCCGCAACGCGACCAGCGACCACCGAGCCAAAGCAGGCGGCAUGAGGCUUGAUUCAGUACAUUUAUCCAUGCUGGUCAUCGGGGUCUCAUUCGCCUGCUACUCCCCGAGUUUGAAUUCCCUGCAGGACCAGGCUUACAAAUCCGCCGUGGUGAUCGAGGGCAAGGUGCAGUCUACGCCUCUGAACGUCUCCGCGGAGCCGUACAGUGUGAAUGUCAAAGUGCUGGAUGUUUGGCCCCUAAACAGCGGGGGUCUGGAGCGAGAACAGCUCGUCACCGUGGGGGAAUUUGGAUCUGAGGCUCCGUGCACCAAAGUGAAGAAGAACCAUAAGUACAUUUUUUUCAUGGACCCCACUGACGAGCCCUUGGUUUUCAAGGCAUCGUUUGCGCCCCUGGACACGAGUGGAAAGAACCUAAAAAAGGAUGUUGGGAAGAUCUUGUGUGAGGACUGCGCUUCGGCUCCAAAGUUAAAACCGAUGAAGAAUCCAUUAAUAGUGGACGAGGGAAGCAAGUUCACAGUUAAGUGUGAGGCCACGGGGAGCCCUGUCCCGACCUACAGAUGGUUCAAAGAUGGCAACGAGCUGAAGAAAAGCAAAAAAGUCAGAAUAAAGAACAGCAUGAAAAACUCCAGAGUCCAGAUCAGCAGAGCAAAACUGGAGGAUUCUGGGAAUUACACAUGUGUGGUGGAGAACCCGCUGGGAAAGGACAACUCCACUGGCACUGUUAACGUCCAAAGCAUAACCACAACGCUAUCUCCAGGCUCAGGCCACGCCAGAAGAUGCAACGACACAGAGAAGGCCUACUGUGUGAAUGGCGGCGACUGUUACUUCAUACAUGGUAUAAAUCAGCUCUCCUGCAAAUGUCCGGAUGGAUACUUCGGCCCACGAUGCUUACAGACUGAGCCACUGCGGUUGUACAUGCCCAAUCCUUACAAAAAGCAUCUUGGGAUUGAAUUUAUGGAGGCAGAGGAACUCUACCAGAAAAGAGUCCUGACAAUCACGGGUAUUUGUGUGGCUCUGUUGGUGGUGGGCAUCGUGUGUGUGGUUGCCUACUGUAAAACCAAGAAACAAAGAAAGAAGAUGCACAAUCAUCUGCGACAAAACAUGUGUCCAGAACACCCCAAUCGAAACUUAGCUAACGGACCCAAUCACCCAGGACCAGGACCAGAGGAAAUCCCUAUGGUAGAUUACAUAUCAAAGAAUGUCCCUGCAACUGAACGAGUCAUACGGCCUGCAACAGAGGGAUCGUUCCCUGCCAGCCAUGCCUCUUCCAGAUCUCACAACUCUUCCACACGAGCCCAUUCAUCAACUCACAGACAUGAGGAACGGACAUGGAGCCUGGAACAUUCUGACAGUAUCCUCUCUGACUCGCCGGGAAUGAUGUCAUCAUCCGUGGGGACCAGUAAAUGCAGCAGUCCUGCGUGCAUGGAGGCACGGGCCCGGCGCGCUGCACACUGUGGUUACUCUGACCCCCAUCGGCCGGGCCUACAAUACGGGGACUCCUUUGACUCGCUGGGAGACUCUCCACACAGCGACAGAUACGUGUCAGCCCUGACGACACCAGCCCGCCUCUCGCCAGUGGAUUUCCAUUACUCAUUGCCCCCGCAGGUGCCUACCUUCCAGAUCACAUCCCCCAAUGCCAGCCAUGCCAUGUCUCUCCCUCCUGCUGUCCACAACCCUUACCCUCUGGAGGAUGACCAGCCUCUGCUGCGCCGCUACCAGGUGCCCCUACACGAUGCCCAGUGCCAGGAGCCCUACCGGCAGCAGCGUCGUACCUAUCUAAAUGACAGCAGGGGCAGCCUGCCUUCCAGCCCCUACCGGCUGGCUGAGGACGAAGACUAUGAGACCACCCAGGAGUAUCUCUCCUCUCGGGAGCAACCAAAGAGAAGUGGGUCCAGUGGAACUGGUAGCCGGCGCUGGCGGAGAUCCAGACUGAAUGGCCAUGUGGCCCCACGUGGAUAUGAGGCAUCUCGGGACUAUGGGUCUCGAAGCUGCCUAACAGAUAGUGAGUCAGAGGAGGACGGUGAGAGCACGCCCUUCCUCAGUAUGCAGAACAUGAAUGCCGAGCCCUCCACCAUCUACAGGCCGGUGGACAGUCGGACUUCUCACUCAUCGGGGCGGCACAGUGGGCAUGGGAACAUGCAUACAAGACUUACACACUCACGCUCCAAACCGGACAAUACACCCCAUUAAAGAGUGAAAAUGAACCAACAAAAAUCAAUAUAGUAUAGACCUGCAUCUAUAAGAAAUAUUUUUAUUUUAUAUAACUGACAGAUAUUCUAAACAAAUGAAAUAUUUAUUUUCAUUUUAGCAAAAGUUGUCUACUAGUUAACAGCAAAGACUUUUUUAUAGGGAAAACUCUAUUUAUAUGUACAUUUUGAUUUACAGCAUAAAAAGAUGUGCCAGUUUUUUCACAACGUAAAAAAUAGAGUAAUAUUGUGGUGCCUUUUGCUGUAUGCCGAUGCCAGAGGGCCAGUGGAGGUUUUUGUAGCCUUUCUUAUAUGGACGCCUCAUUUUUUAUACACAUUUAUGUUUUUUUUUCCUCUCUGGUUUCCUAUUUUACUUUCUUUCCAAGUUGCAUUCUUUGAGGAGUCUAGCCCCACUGGAACAUAACCCCUUCCAUAUCACGCAAUAUAAACCACUUCAACAUAAAGUGUAUGUUUACAUUGAUAUAAUUCGCCUGUAGGGUUUAUGAUUUGGGAUCGAAUAGAACGCCUGAUAAAUACAAUGUAGAUCCUCUUUGCCCUCUUACUAAUGUCUACGGAGAGAGAAAGAGAGAGAGAGAGACAAUGAGAGACUGUGUGGUUUGUGUGUGUGUGUGUGUGUGUGUGUGUGUGUGUGCGCGGGUGUAAAUGCCUCUGUGUGUGUGCGUGCACGCAUGUCAGUUUGCUUGCAUGUAUUUGUGAUUGUUAGAUGAAUUUCAUUGUUUGUUGUGGUAACAUCAAAUGUGUGGGUCUACUGGUGUCUCAGCAGAGCUGACAGAAGAGCGUAUGAGAAGUUCACAGAAUAGUGCUUUAUCAGAACAGCCCCCCCCCCCCAGUGUAGGUGGACAGGUGAAGCUGCUGUAGGGUUGUAUGUCAUGCAGGUCAUUGCUUGAUGUGUUUACAGCUAUUCUGCCCCCUCCCAGUCUGCCCCAGUUAAGUCCCUUUUAUUUCUCAGCAGGCUUUCCUCAUGUCAGUCUGUUAUGAGGCCGACAAACACUGAGCCACUUGGCACAGGGUGACCCCUGCCAUCGAAGGUGAUGGCAAAACAAGAAGAUUGCAUCUGUUUUCACUCAACUCCGACCCUAAUCCCAUGCCUCAUCAUCCUUCUGUGUCCAUUCUGUUUUUGUGGCUGGUGUUAAAAAGGCCACACAGUGUCUCAGGAUUUCCACAUGCCCCCCGCCCCCUCCCCCUUCACCUUAAACCCUCUUCCUCAACUUAAGGUCUACCUAAGACUGAGGUUCUCAGAUGUUGAGGACCUUAAUGUUAACAUACAGUCUACCAGUUCCCUGAACACUCCCAUACAGAGAGAAGGAAAGCCAAGUGGAAGCAGCUCAGUGGAGAACAGUGCAGAACGAGCUAGACAAUAUAAGUGAAAUAGCUGUGAAACUUUGGAGGAUCAUACAAUGCAAAAAUAUGCAAACUUUCUAUUUUGCUGUUUGAUUACGUCAUUUUCUAAGAGGUGACUGUAGUGUGUUGUGUGUGAAAAAAACUAUGUGAUGCCUAUAGUGUAGAAUGAAAUAACAUGAUAUAAAUGCAUAUUUACAUGAGUUAUUUUUUAAAGCCAUUAUGCAGCCAUCUAUCAAGUUGUCAGCCUUUCUUGUUCACAUGUUCAUUGAAUGACUGUGUCCAUUUUAUCACUUGGUUUAGAGCGCUCCACUUUACAUGCACACUUCCAGUAACGUCAAA